GUCUAGGCUCUUGUUCAUUUUAUGGGUUUUUUACUUGAAUAUUACCAAUUUUAAACAAAUUAUCAAAAAAGUGACCACUUUUAAAAAGGGGCAAAAAAGUGAUCAAGAAGAUCAUAUAUGUGGUAUAGGAAACAUGAUGUCACUGCAGAGAUUUUAUGUCACUGUGUUCGUUAUUUUUGUAACUAAGAAUCGUCACGGUCAAAUUUUUUCACGCCAAUUACACCCCCACCGCCACAGUGACGCCGGUUUUCAUGUCACGUCCGCCGCCAAGUGUGUCACUGUGCCGCCGUUAAAAAAUCAAAUGUGUCACUGUGCCGCCAUUAAAAACCGCCAUAGUGAUGUCAUAUACAACAGUCACGGUGAUACCGCCGUAGUGACACCACCAUAGUGACGCCACCAUAGUGACGCCGCCACAGUGAUGCCGCCCAAUUAUUGUCGCCGCACCGCUGCAUCGCCUCGUUGUCGCCGGCCAUAGUGACGCCACUACAGUGACACGCCGGAAUCUGCCUCAGUGACAUAGGUCAAUUAUAGUUACAACUUAGUUUUCAAUCAAAUCCUCCCCGCAGCAUGCCACAACCCACUCCCCCAGCGCUGCCACCCCUCACCUCCACCGUCUACUCAUACACAACCUUACCCCUCCCUGGCCACCCCCCCAACACCCCUCCCUGUUCCCAGCCCAUCGGAUCUGCCCCGGUAUAACCCAUAGGCCAUAGCAGACCCAAAUAGCCCCAAUCUAGACCCGGCCAGACCCUCUACAACCGCUGCACCACACCCACAGGCUACACUCUGUCCCAACAUCCGCACCCACCUGCAACGGCGGCACCGCCAACAAUCGGCCAACCACUGCCCCACCACCGCCCUACCCUGUCAGGCCCUAUCCGAAAAUCAGAAAGUAGAAACGAGAAGAAGAAGAAACGAGUUGCUGGGGCGGCAGAGGAGUUGCAACAACAGUGCAGAUCCGGUCGAUUUCGUGGAUGUAGGAGUCCUCGCCGCUUCCACCACCAUCUCUCUAGUUGGGCGCCUCACAGCCGCCAUCGGUGACGCAGGUUCGUCUCCACCGCCGUGGUGGACCUGGUGUGAGGAGCUGGUUGAUGCCGCAGGGAUGGCCUGAUGCGAGGAGGUGAUGGAGCUCUCAGGAGUGAAGGUUCGCUACGACUUGUGAGGGAGGGUUUUAAGGAAUUAGGUUACAUUUUGGGGAAAUUUUAAAAUGGUCAUUUUUUUGCCUUGUGAAACGUUGUGGGUAAUACUUGUG